CUCAGAUAGUACCCCCGCCUCAGACCUCUCAACCCUGCAUGCAUGGGACUCCUGCCUGGGGACAGGCAUGAAUCUGCAACCCUGAGCCUUACUAAGGAUUUAGUCAUAAUGCCAUUCUUUUCAUGGUCUGCACAAAAUUCUGGCAGGAUGUCAUCAAACUGGCCUGUGCUGACACCACCUUCAAUCGGCUGUAUCCAGUUGUGCUUGUAGUCUUUAUAUUUGUGCUGGAUUCUCUGAUCAUCCUCAUCUCCUAUGUAUUGAUACUCAAGAGUGUCCUGAGAAUUGCCUCCAAAGAAGAGAGGGCCAAGGCCUUCAACACCUGUGUCUCCCAUAUCUGCUGUGUCCUGGUUUUCUAUGUCACAGUCAUUGGAUUGUCUCUGAUUCAUCGGUUUGGGAAGCAGGUUCCACAUAUUGUCCACCUCACUAUGAGCUAUGUAUAUUUUCUUUUCCCUCCACUAAUGAAUCCUAUAAUCUAUAGUGUCAAGACCAAGCAGAUCCGGAGUGGCUUUCUUCGCCUUUUUGCUAACCAUCAUAGUCCCUCGCACAAAAUGUAAGAAAUCUGGGUUUUGGCAGUGGAGCAAAGAAAUCUCAUAUCAAACACCCAUGAUCAAAUCUCUUGGUAAAAUAAUUGCCAAAGUAGAGCUAAAAAUUUCCCUAUAGUACCUCUGUAAGCUCAGGUCUUUGGUCUAAUCUAGUUUGUGCAAUUCUUCUUAAAGAAAAUUAUUGUAUAUUUAAUAUCUGUUUGCCACUCAAUUUUUGUGAUAACAACACCAUGGGUGUUUAUAGUUGUGUCUAUAAUGUAUUUAUAAUAUGUACCUUUAGGGUUUUAGAAAGGUGGCAGAUAGGAAAAGAGUUAUAAGGGUAUAAAAUAAUGAGUUGGUUUGCAUGAAAUAAAGUUUGGUCUGUUUAUAUCCAAUGUCAUUCCCAUGAAUUGCUCCACAGAUAUUCACACAAAUUGUGGGAACCUGUGUGUCUGACCACUGAUGUUCUGUAACUUUCCAGUAAAGAAGUAUGAAUUCUUCCUCACUCAGUGUUGUAAUCACUUAACAUCCCAACCAUAUCAUUGAUUCCUCCCCUCUCCAUCAAAUGACCAUGAAUUUGUCUCAAGAAUUAUAAGCUUGGGGAAUGUGGGUGGCUCAGUCAGUUAAGUGUCUGACUUCAGCUCAGGCCAUGAUCUCACAGUUGGUGGGUUCGAGCC